GGAAGGAAACCAACUUUACGCACUCCUCCGUCUCACCUGCGCCUCGCUCUCACCUCUGCCUUUCUCUCCUCUAAAACACACAAACUUCUAAUAACCAUAAAGCAGUUCUCAUCCACGCUUCCUGACGUCAUGACGCACGGCAGCCACGGGAGCUUACGGUAAAUGGCUCUGCAGCAGCGGCGUCGGCAUGCGCCCGGACAACUCCACUCCACUCCGCUACGCUCUCCUUCGCCUUUUCGGGAUUAAACUCAGGCUUUGACCUUGUUUGACGUGACGCAGAGAGUAAAGAUGGCCGCAGAUGACCCGUACCUCCACCCUGGCAACCAGAUGUUUCAUGAGAUCCUGGACCCCGCCUGGGACUACACCCCUUACCCAGUCCUGACCCAGAACCCAGCACUGCGCACAGUGGAUGGUCCAUAUCUCCAAAUUACUGAACAGCCAAAACAGCGGGGCUUCAGGUUCCGGUACGGCUGUGAGGGCCCAUCACACGGAGGUCUGCCAGGGGCCUCCAGCGAGAAGAACAGGAAAACAUACCCCACUGUCAAGAUCUGUAACUACCAGGGCCCGGCACGUGUGGUGGUACAGCUGGUCACAGCCCUUACCCACAGUCCUCAGCUGCACGCGCACAGCCUUGUGGGUAAGCAGUGUGACAAGGGUAUUUGCAUCGCCGAUCUGCAGCCCAAAGACUCUAUUAUCAGUUUUCCAAACCUGGGCAUCCUCCAUGUGACCAAGAAGAAUGUGGCCAAGACUUUGGAGGAGCGCAUGGUGGAGGCCUUCAGGAUGGGCUACAACUGUGGAGUCCACAUCCACCCAGAGAUCGACGCCAUGCGGGGGGAGGUCAGGACACCCCGAGAGCUCACAGACCAGCAGCGCAGCCUGAUCUCCUCUGUGGCCAGUCUCCAGUCCAAAGAGAUGGAUCUGAGUGUGGUUCGCCUCAUGUUCACUGCCUUCUUACCCGACAGCGAUGGAGGCUUCUCCCGCAGGCUGGAACCAGUGGUGUCUGAGCCCAUCUACGACAGCAAGGCUCCGAAUGCUUCAAACCUGAAGAUUGUGCGUAUGGACAGGACAGCAGGAUGUGUGACUGGGGGAGAGGAGGUCUACCUACUCUGUGACAAAGUACAGAAAGAUGAUAUUCAAGUGCGCUUCUACGAGGAGGACAACUCUGGUGUAACCUGGGAGGCCCUGGGGGACUUCUCACCCACCGAUGUACACAGACAGUUUGCCAUAGUGUUCAAAACUCCAAAGUACCGUGACCUGAACCUGCAGAAGCCCACGUCUGUGUUUGUCCAACUCAAGAGGAAGUCUGACAACGAGACCAGCGAGCCCAAGCCCUUCACCUACCACCCACAGAUCAUAGAUAAGGAGGAAGUGCAGAGGAAGAGGCAGAAGACUUUACCAAACUUCCAGGACUUCAGUGGGCCUCACGGUGGAGCUGCAGGAGGGGGCCUUUACAGAGGAGGAGGGCCUGGAGGAGGGGGGGGAGUAGGGGGGGGAGGAGGGUACUACCAGAACUUUCCAUCCUUUAACUAUGGUUCUCCUGGAGCUGGAGGAGGCUUCUCUGGAGGGUACUCAGCUGGCCUGGGCUCUGGAGCGGGGGCCAAACAUGCUUCUAGAAGUUCUGCAGCAGAUGAUGAUGAUCCAGACGAUGACGACUCCUCAGGGGCUGUUCUCAAAGACAUAGCUCAGAAACAAAACUCCAGGCUUGGGCAGAGCGAGGAGGACACUGAGGGUCCUCUUGGGAAUCAUACAGAUGAUCCAGUGGUAAAUGCAGUUCGUCACCAGGUGGAGGCACUAUUCCAGUUCUCUGUCUCAGGAAACCCAGCCUUUCUCCUUAUCCCACAGCGCCAUCUACUGUCAGCUCAGGAUGAGGAUGGGGACACAGGUCUGCACUUGGCCAUUCUGCACAGCCAACCGGAGGCAUUACAGAGUCUGACCCAGGUCCUGUCGGUUUUCUCCACUGAGGAACUGCUCAGUAUGAGGAACUAUCUUUACCAGACUCCUUUGCACCUGGCUGUCCUGACGCAGCAGAAGGAGGCUGUAGACACUCUCCUAUUGGCUGGAGCUGACCCUGCCCUCACAGAUCGCCACGGUAACACGGUGCUUCACCUGGCGACAUCGCAGGAAGUAGGAGACAUGACAUCACACCUGCUGCAGACACCGGAGGUCAGGGCGCUCAUGGGGGUCGCAAAUACAGCAGGCUUGUGCCCUCUCCAUGUGGCCGUCCUUUCUAACCGCCUCUCCUCCCUCCGGAGCCUCCUACAGAGCGGAGCCGACGUGGAGCUUCAGGAGAGGACCAGCGGAAGGACAUCCCUGCACUUGGCAACCGAGGCGGACAACGUCUCACUGGCCGGAUGUCUACUCCUGGAGGGGAACGCUAACGUGAACAGCUGUACGUUUGAUGGUUCGACUCCCCUGCACAUCGCGGCAGGGCGGGGCUCAGCCAAACUCACAGCUCUUCUCAUGGCGGCAGGAGCCGACCCCCUCCGAGAGAACCUGCAGCCCCUGUACAUGUGUGAGGAAGAGGAGGAGGACGAAGGCUACGUCCCAGGAACCACCCCUCUCAACAUGGCUGCCAACGCUCAGGUUUUAGAGAUUCUCAGUGGAAAAGAAUACGAACCAAAACCACCUCAGAACCCCCUCAGCACUCCUCAAGGGGAUUUGUGCAGCCUGGAUCCCUCCCUGAAACAGGAAGUGUGCCGUGCUCUGAACACUGAGGGAUUGUGGGAAACGUUGUCUCACAGUUUGGGUUUGGGCAUUUUAAACAACGCCUUCAGGCUCAGCCCCUGCCCAGCCAAAUCUCUCCUGGACAGCUACGAGGUCUCGGGGGGCACAGUGAAGGAGCUGAUGGCUGCUCUGAAGUCUGUGGGAGACUGCACUGCUCUGAAUGUCCUGCAGGGGGUGACGCAGCUGACCCCCACCACAGACACACCUGUAGACUCCUUAGAGCCGAUCCCGGGGCUGCUCCAGGACUUGAAGCUGGAUGUGCGUGUGGACAGUGGACUCUGUGACAGCGGAGUGGAGCUGUCUGUUGCCUGAUUGGUCCAAAGCUCUCCCUGGUCAGACUAUUCACUAACCAACCAAAGAGACAUCCGGCCAAUCGGAGCGCAGAAGAGGCGUCCAGUGCCCGCCCACCUCUGAUUUCUGAUGUGAAUUCUACAUGUCACUUUCUCCUAAAUUUCUCACUGUAUUUAUUGACUGAGGCUAAUCAGCUAAGGGGCAACCAGUAACCAGGUGCUGCUGUCUGUCUCCAUGGAGAUGUUGUUGCUUUGCCAGGAAUAUUCCACAGUAUGGCAUGCAACUUAUUUAUCUUGCAGGUGUUUUAACUACUAAAUAUGCAUAGAAAAGAAUCGUGCAUUCUUCAUAGAUCUGAACUAUAACUUGGUCUGGUGGUGACUCCACCUUCUCGCCAAAAACUUGAAAGUGCGGCAAAUGCAUGGAUUAAUAAUGCAUGAAAUUGUGAAAUAUGUUUAAGCAUCUAGAAAAUGACUCUAUACUGUCAUACUGUGGUUGUGUCCCUGAGCAAGGCACCUUUAUCCUUUACCCUCUUAUCCAAUAAUGAACCUGGUUGUGACAGGGAGGGUAUCUAGUUUAACAUGGUCAGUGGUGGGUAGAGUAGCCAAAAGUUGUACUAAAGAAAGAGGAAAAACAUAUUUGUGAAGAGUACUACUCAAGUAAGAGUAACUAUAACAUCAUAACAUCUGAUUUAUAAUUUGAAUAAAACAUGAAAUUCUGCACAAAAUCAGGUCUUUUCAGACACAAAAAUGAGACAAACUAAAUAUCUGAAGGAACGCCGUACAAAUCUUUUCACAUUGUCAAAAAAGCUUUUGUCACUUGUAGACUUACUCAGUUGAAAGAGUAACCACAACUUACUCAAGAGUACUAUUACACUGUAAAAGGAAGAGUACAGUUACACUGUACCAUGUAUUACUCAAGUAAGACUACUGUUACUUCAUUAAAAGUAGGAGUAAAAGUAUACUCCUAGAAAAGUGCUCAAAAAGUAAAAGUAAAUGUAACUGAGUACUACCCACCUCUGAAAAUCGUUCUUACUUGCUCCAUCGCUGAUUAGCCAUCGAAGUUUAAAAUUCAUAACCUCAUGCUUAGUUUUAAAGGUUUGGGGACAAAUAUUGCCGUUAUGGUACAGAAAUAAGUUUGGUAAUUCAAAAUACCUAAAAUCCCCAGACAUUAUGAACACAUCACGGAGGACGGACGACCAAUCAGAGUGCAGCGUCACCUGGACCGGAGUGAAUGUGUUUGAAUGAGACACUUUUAUUAUUGAUAUUUGAAUGUUUGUUUUGUGUUUUAGCAGCAAAAAUGUUAAAAGCCAAAGAAAAGAGUGUUUUUUUGAAUGAGCAGGUACUGAGCAGGGCAGAGGACUGAUCUGGUACUGAAGAUCCAUUUGGAUAAACUUGGGAGAAAAGUCUUUUAAUGUAUUAAUGUAAUGAAUCUCUAUUAAAUUGAAAAGUAGAGUUUUAUCUGAUCAGGUAAAGGUGAACCAGGUCAAUAAGAACCUAAGCAAAACAAGAUACCAAGGACAAAAUCAGGUUGAAACCAGGCCUAAACUAGGCUGUUUUAUCUAAAUACCAUUGGAUACAAAAUUCUGUACGAGGUAAAUAUAGAAAAUGGUGCUAAGUGUGGUCAUGUCACUGCAAUGAAAGCGCAAGGCAUUCUGGGAGAUGUCGUGUUCUGUCAGAACUGUACAGACUUUGGCUUUUCAUGGUUUGAUAUUUUUCAAUAAAGUUUUUUU